CACAUAACAAGUGCAGGUAUUGCAGAAGUGGCUUGAGCCUGACAUCGUUCUAAUGGCUGUUUUUUCUAGUGGGUUUAUGGACUCAACAUGAUGUGAUGGGUCAUGGUGCAGUUUUCAGGUUUCCUUAAGGAAGACUUCAGUUUGCAGAUAAAUCCAGAGAGCUGAGACUGUGUGUGAAUCUCCUGCUCUCUGCAUGUUUCCCGUUGAAGUUGUGGAUUCACUUAAGCUUCAUGUAGAUUAUUUUCUCCAUCAGAAGGUGAAGAUAGAACAACUCUGUAAUGGACGUGGACCUGAAUCUGGGUGGUGUGUUCUCUUCUGUGGAUCAGUGUGAGCACAGAAAGGAGGGAGUCCCUAACUCUGAAUCCACUCUGUGUGGGGAACAUGAGAGCCAGAUCAAGGCUCAGAGGGUAAAGCAGCAGGUUGGACCAGACUCUGCCGGACCUGGAGCUGAUCCUGAACCGGGUUGGAUGUCUGAAUCCCUGAAUAGAGAACGGGUCAUGAACAUUUACACUCCCAUCUCUCAGAUGCCAUUCUCUGACAAAACACCAAAUAACAAGCAGACAUUUGAUCCUUGUGUAACCACACGUCUGACUGUGACAUCCAGCGGCUCCAUCAACCGCGAAAUUAAAUUUAAAGGCUCAACAGAAGAGCAGCAGCAGAAUUUAAAGGUUCCCCAUCACCAGCCUGAUAGUGGACACCAAACAGCUCUGCAGGACAUAUUUAUGCAACUUGAGGAGAACAUUAUGAGAUUUGUGAAGACCGAGCUGAAGAGGUUCCAGGAGGUCCUAAAUCCAGAUUACAGAGACGGUGGACUUGAUCAGAGUGAAGAUGAGGGCCUGGGUUGUACAGCUGAAGAGCAGAAGAGCAGCAGACAGUCAUUUCUAAAGAUCACACAGCACUUCCUGAGGAGAAUGAAGCAGGAGGAGCUGGCCGACUGUCUACAGACCAGAACCCAUGCUGCAGAGUGCCAACGUAAACUCAAAGUUUAUCUACAGAAAAACAUCCAGUGCGUGUUUGAAGGGAUCACUAAAGCAGGAAACCCAAAUUUUUGUAAUCAGAUCUACACAGAGUUCUACAUCCUAGAGGGAGGGACUUCAGAGGUCAAUGAUGAACAUGAGGCCAGACAGAUUGAAACAGCAUCCAGGAAACCAGACAGACCAGAAGCAACAAUCAGACAAGAAGACAUUUUUAAAGCCUCACCUGGAAGAGACGAACCAAUCAGAACAGUGCUGACAAAGGGAGUGGCUGGCAUUGGGAAAACAGUCCAAACACAGAAGUUCACUCUGGACUGGGCUGAAGACAAAUCCAACCAGGACAUCCAGUUCAUGUUUCCUUUUACUUUCAGAGAGUUGAAUGUGCUGAAAGAGAAAAAGUUCAGCUUGGUGGAACUUGUUCAUCACUUCUUUACUGAAACCAAAGAAGCAGGAAUCUGCAGCUUUGAAGACUUCCAGGUUGUGUUCAUCUUUGAUGGUCUGGAUGAGUGUCGACUUCCUCUGGACUUCCACAACACUACAAUUUUGACUGAUGUUACAGAGUCCACCUCAGUGGAUGUGCUGCUGAUAAACCUCAUCAGGGGGAAACUGCUUCCUUCUGCUUGCCUCUGGAUAACCACACGACCUGUAGCAGUCAAUCAGAUCCCUUCUGACUGUGUUGACAUGGUAACAGAGGUCAGAGGAUUCACUGACCCACAGAAGGAGGAGUACUUUAAGCAGAGAUUCAGAGAUGAGGAAAAAUCCAGCAUGAUCAUCUCCCACAUAAAGACAUCACGAAGCCUCCACAUCAUGUGCCACAUUCCAGUCUUCUGCUGGAUCACUGCUACAGUUCUUGAGGAUGUGCUGAAAACCAGAGAGGGAGGACAGCUGCCCAAGACCCUGACUGAGAUGUACAUCCACUUCCUGGUGGUUCAGUCCAAAGUGAAGAAGGUCAAGUAUGAUGGAGGAGCUAAGACAAAUCAACCCUGGAGUCUAGAGAGCAGGAAGCUGAUCAAGUCUCUGGGAAAACUGGCUUUUGAUCAGCUGCAGAAAGGGAACCUGAUCUUCUAUGAAUCAGACCUGAUAGAGUGUGGCAUCAAUAUCACAGCAGCCUCAGUGUACUCAGGAGUGUUCACACAGAUCUUUAAAGAGGAGAGAGGACUGUACCAGGACAAGGUGUUCUGCUUCAUCCAUCUGAGUGUUCAGGAGUUUCUAGCUGCUCUAUAUGUCCAUCUGACCUUCAUCGACUCUGGAGUUGAUCUGUUAGAAGAAGAACAAACAUCAUCUCUGCUGUCUAAAGUAAGACCCAAAUCUAAACUCAAACAUCUCCAUGAGAGUGCUGUGGACAAAGCCCUAAAGAGUCCAAAAGGUCACCUGGACUUGAUCCUGCGCUUCCUCCUGGGUCUUUCACUGCAGACCAAUCAGAGUCUCUUACAAGGCCUGCUGACACAGACAGGAAGUAGCUCAGAGACCAAUCAGGAAACAGUCCAGUACAUCAAGAAGAAACUCCGCAAGAAACUGUCUGCAGAGAAAAGCAUUAAUCUGUUCCACUGUCUCAAUGAGCUGAAUGAUCGUUCUCUGGUGGAGGAGAUCCAACAGUCCCUGAUUUCAGGAAGUCUCUCCAAAGAUGAGCUGUCUCCCUCUCAGUGGUCAGCUCUGGUCUUCAUCUUACUGUCAUCAGAAGAAGAUCAGGAUGUGUUUGACUCAAAGAAAUACUCAGUUACUGAGGAGGCUCUUCUGAGGCUGCUGCCAGUGGUGAAAACUAAUAAAUUUCAGCACGUUGAUAGAAGUCUGGAGUAUCCGAAACAACUAAAGAGAGUGGACCACAGCACAGAGCAGGUGUUAAGGUUUGCACUGCAAAAAUACUUCUGCGAACUUGAACUGGACCCAAAUACAGCGCACAGAAACCUCAAACUGUCUGACAACAACAGGAGGGUGACACAUGUGAGAGCGGUGCAGCCAUAUCCUGAUCAUCCAGGCAGAUUUGACUACUGGAAUCAGCUUCUCUGCAAAAAUGAGCUUACAGGUCGCUGUUACUGGGAGAUCGAGUGGAGAGGAGUGAUUGAUGUCGCAGUGACUUACGGACAAAUUCGAAGGAGAGGAGACAGCGAUGACUGCAAGCUUGGAUCCAGCAAUCAGUCUUGGAGUCUGAACUGUUGUGAAGAUGGUUACCAUGCUUGUCACAACAACUUUAGGAAGGACGUAGAUUUGGCCCUACCCUCCUCCGUCUCUAACAGAGUAGCAGUGUAUGUGGACUGUCCUGCAGGCACUCUGUCCUUCUACAGAGUCUCCUCUGACAAACUCGUCCACCUCCACACCUUCAACACCACAUUCACCGAACCUCUUUAUCCUGGUUUUGAAGUGUGGUAUGGGUCUUCAGUUUCUCUGUGUUCUGUGUAGGAGGGAGCAUUUCCGCAUGAGUGGAAACAUGUUCCCACUGCUGACUGACUGCAGCUGCUUAGACCAGCUAAGAAGAGAAUCAUGUAGAGAUAUUUGACUGUUCAAAUUUUAUUUUAAAGGGCAGAGAUGUUUUAAUGUACGAAAUUAUCAACAUAGAAAAUCAGUGAAUGGAACGGCAUUGAAAUUUGAUGAUGUCAUGUCAAUGCAUGUGUGUGCGUGUGUAUGUUGAUAAUAAUGCAUAAUGCAUAUGUUCAUAAAUGAUAAAGUGUCAUCACGUGGCCCAGGCAUUAAGGACGGUCAAACUGUAUUUUUUCUGUUGGCAGAAUAACCAGUCAUAGUAACCGAAGUCAAGUGUCAUACAUGCCUUACAGUCUCUUAUCACAUCAAAUAAUGGUACUGCAGUAUCGGCAGCACAUUGUUUUUCAUAGUAUUCUCCUCCUACAGAGAUUUUGGUGUAACUAUAACAUGUUAUAACAGGUUCUUCCAGAAAUGUUUUUAUAGGGUUUCUGAUAAUCUGAGAUCAAAUGAUGACUGAAUGUCUGAGCAUUCCCUUUUUUUCUUUUCCAUUAAAUUUUAUAUUAAAUGUUUA